AUGUACUACGAUCUGAACGUGCCUUAUAGCCCGGGUGAUCCUGAGAUCUCUGCAACGCUAAGCUUUCUCGCCGAACCUAACCUGACAACUAUCAACGGAAAACUCCCCCCAAACCCUACCCCGCCGCCGCUUCCCAGCGACGCCCCGAAAGACCUUACGCUCCUCACGCGCCUCAACAUACCCCUCUCAGACCCCGCGCAGAAUCAGCGCCUUACCAGUAUAGCUCAGGCUUAUGAUCUGGUUGCCGUGCGCCCAACCAACGAGAAAGCGUUACUGAAUGCAUGCACCAAUGCAGAAUGCGACAUCAUUUCCUUAGACCUCUCAAUCAGGCACCCUUAUCACUUCAAGUUCAAGAUGCUUUCUGCUGCUAUCGCUCGCGGUAUCCGCUUCGAAAUAUGCUACGGCCCAGGAGUCACAGGAAGCGGACUAGAAGCACGUCGAAAUCUGAUCGGCAACGCGAUGGCCCUGAUUCGCGCAGCCCGUGGUCGCGGAAUCAUUGUGUCGAGUGAGGCCAAAAGGGCAUUAGGUGUCCGCGCUCCGUUCGAUGUGAUUAAUCUGGCAUGUGUAUGGGGUUUGUCACAGGAGCUGGGCAAGGAGGCGAUCAGCGCGGAAACAAGGAAAGUUACUGCUCUAGCCCGACUGAAGCGGACCAGCUGGCGCGGUAUCAUCGACGUUGUUGACGGUGGACAAAUCCCUCCUGCUUCCGAAGCAGCUGCUUCUGUGGCCAUUGUAAAGGAUACAGGUGCUAAGCUAAACGCUGAUAACAAUGGCGACAAUUUGAAAAGGAAGGCAUCUACAGGCCCUGAGCCAGAUGCGGAUGGGCCCGAGAAGCCUCUUUCCAAGCGCGAGAUGAAGCGUCGGGCCAAGAAGGCUCGGCUCGAAGCCGCUCUAGCAGGCACCGACGAUUCUCCUGCAACGUGAUGGUCGUGCCGUAUUUUCUUGCUACACCUUUAACCAACCGACAAUGACACGGUCGUAUUGUUAGGAUUACGGGUGACGAGAUCUCAUCGCAGUUCGAACAGUUCAAUGAUUCUGAACUCAAGACUUGUUAUAGUCACUACGCAAAUGUGGGGAUUUCGGUAUGUAACGACGGCGAGGCAGAUUCAAG